AUGUACCUGAUCACUGUGUUUGGAAACCUUAUCAUCAUCCUGGCCGUCAGCUCAGACUCCCACCUCCACACCCCCAUGUACUUCUUCCUCACCAACCUGUCCUUUGUAGACAUCUGUUUCAUCUCCACCACCAUCCCCAAGAUGCUUCAGAACAUCCAGACUCAUAGCAAAGUCAUAACCUACGGAGGUUGCAUCACUCAGAUAUACUUUUUCCUGUUCUUGGCUGGAUUGGACAAUUUUCUCCUGGCUGUGAUGGCCUAUGACCGCUUUGUGGCCAUCUGUCACCCCCUGCACUACAUGGUCAUCAUGAAACCCACCUACUGUGUACUGCUGGUUCUGAUGUCCUGGAUGAUGAUUGUCUGCUUAUUUUAUUGUACAAUCCUAGGAGUGUACCUUAGCUCUGCUUCUCUCCAAAGCUCCCACUCAAGCACAGUAGCCUCAGUGAUGUAUACUGUGGUCACACCUAUGCUAAACCCCUUCAUCUACAGCCUGAGGAACAAAGACAUAAAGAUGGCUCUGAAAAGAAUCAUUGGGGUUCCAGUGAUGUAA